AUGGUGCUCUUUGACUGUGCCCAGGGCGGGGCCGGCGGCGCGGUCGCGACCGUGAACGUCGCCGACGCCGCGAAGGGCGACGGUAUGUCCACAGCGAAGCCGGCGGGCGCGGCCGGCAUGGCCUGUGCCUACAGCCUCUCACGGCACCCAGAAAAAUUCGACUGCGAGGUGUGGGAAGCGCUCCCGACGGCCGGCGGAGUGGCCACGUCGUGCGUCGUGAAGAGCUCGGACGGGAUGGAGUUCGAGAUGAACGACCAGGUCCAGGGUGGCGUUCCGAGCUACCGCAACAACCUUCUAAUGUUCGAGGAGUUCGGCUUCAAGUCGUCUCCGCUCAAGUUCAGGGUGUGCUUUGGCAAGGGCGACAAUGCGUGGACGAACCACUCGCCAAGCAAGCUCGCGGAGCGCCUGCAGCCCGAGAUCGAGAAGUUCGGCAAGGCCCUGAAGUGGAUCAGCCGUUUCGAGUUCAUCUUCGUCUUCGUGCCCAUCAACAAGGUCCUCAAAUGGUGGGGCUUCUCCGACGACUUCGCGAACCGCAUGGUCUUCCCGCUCACCGCGCUCUUCUUCGGGACGGGCAACCAGACGCCCUACGUCAGCGCCGCCAUCAUCGCGCGCGUCUUCCGCGACAAGGAGCUCGCCCUGUUCCACUACUCGGCGGAGAGGCUGCUGCACGGCGAGCCGGACGUGUUCGCGUUCGAGAACCUGGAGAACAUCUUCACGACGAUCGCGAAGAAGAUCCCCGCGCGCGUGUUCGUGAACCGGCCCGUCGCGUCGGUCGAGCGCGGGCCCAAGGUGACGCGCGUCACGGACAAGUUCGGCCGAGUCGCCGAGUUCGACGACGUGGUCUUCACGUGCUCCACGGAGGUCACCCGCGACGUCCUCAAGUCGCCCUCGUGGCUCGAGCGCAAGCUCCUCGCCAACGUGCGCUACUUCGACGACCUGAUCGUGACGCACGAGGACCACGACUACAUGGAGAAGGAGUACGAGAUGCACGCCGCGGACAACGAGGACAUGUACUUCAUCCGGACGGACCCGGAGGACCCGUCGAAGGUGGAGAUGUCGUUCAACUUGUCGAUGUACCAGCCGCACCUGCUGGACGCCAAGGGCGCGCGCCGCAACCUGUACCAGACCAUCUUCCUGGACGCGCGCGGGAAGGACCGGUGGACGAUCGACGCGAUCGACGAGAAGAAGAUCCUGAAGAAGCGCUGGACGCGGCAGUUCGCGCACACUUGGACGCACUUCGCCAAGUGGGUGCCGUUUGUGCGCUUCAUCCAGAACACCAAGCGCACGUGGUACGCCGGCGCCGUGACGGUCGCCAACACGCACGAGGUGGCCGUCAUGUCCGGGUUCGCGGUCGCGCACCGCCUCGGCGCGCCGUUCCCGUACUUCCACGACCCGCUGGCCUACUCCCAAAUGAAGCUCUUCAUGUCGGUCACGCACGGCACCUCGCUGCCGCUGCCCAAGGAGUUCAAGAACAAGCACAAGGCCUCGUGA